AUAUUGUAAUGAAACAGCAGGGAGCAGGUCUCGAACCCUUGACUUUCUAGCCCGAGGUCGUCUUACAGGAACGCGUUCACCGGCCAAGCACACGCACUGUCGUGGGUGCAAGGUUCGAUCACUUCUGACACCAAUGUAAUGAAACAGCAGGGAGCAGGUCUCGAACCCUCGACCUUCUAGCCCGAGGUCCGGCGUGCUAUCGACUGUGCCGCAAAAGCAUGCUCGUGCGGCAUAAUCGAUUUCCGUGCUUAUAAACCCAGGGUCGUUACACUAUGAUACAAUAUUCAGUACUUGAUGCAUUAACAACUUGUCCUAUCAUCAACUGAUUUCAGCCAGUAUAUGGCUGUGGAUUGACUGCAUUGUUUGAAUGGAAUGUUGGAAUAUUAGCAGUUCAUUUGAAACAUUAUUGGAAUCAUUCCUCUAGAACUGUCUGGCUAGCUAGCUAACACACAUACAGUGCAGAUACAUUCUUCUCAUUUAUUGUUUUACACAAUAUCUCAGCGCCAGCAAACCAUGUUUGACCAUCUACCUGAACAACAUGGCUGACAUUCGGAGAACCAUAAAAAGGUUUUCUACCGUUCUAGUAUUCCAAUUCCUUUUUCUAUGCGUGCAGCCUAUCUGUAACCAUGACUACUGGAGGAAGCUAGACAACUUUUCCGCUGUUUUAGAGAGGGUUUGGAUGAAGGCACCGCCAACCGAGGGUAGAGGACCUACAGGCGAAAAGAAGUGCAGACGUCCUAAAAUAAGAAAAUCAUGACCACAAAAUCCCCGGGCACGAGCCCUCAAAGAUGCUUGGCUACCAACAAUGCAAAACGAGUGCCACUGACACAGAAAAAGGCCACUGUACCCAGCCGUCCAGUACCAAGCAGGGUACCAACAAAGAGACACGCCUCUCUGCUACCAAGGUCUACUAGACAUGCUGCCAGUGCCAGGCCAGCUGGCUGCACUCAGAACCACAUAGAACAACUGCCACCUGAGAUCCUAAUGAAGAUCCUGUGGAACCUGGAUGCCUCUUCUCUCUACUGCAUUGGCUAUGUCAACAAGCUAUUAUAUAAGCUGGCCAAAAACAAUGCAAUGUGGCGUAAAAUGUAUUCUGCAAAAUAUGGGGAGAGUAAGAACUUGAAGGCCAAGCGCAUGGACGAGGUUGUGGAGAAGCUGAGUGUGAUGAAAGUUCAGGAGAGACCAGAGGGCUACUGGAGAAGGCUGUACUUUAGGACCGUAGCUGGCUACAACCACACCAAGUGGUUGAAGGAGCUGAGAACCAUCAAUCCCUUCACAGGCCUUCCCAGUCACACAGAGAGAGUCCUCAGAGAGCAGCGUGUGGCCUGGGAGAUCACAGUGUGUGACAGGUCGGUCUGUGAGGGGACUUUUGAGCAGAGCCACACCUACUACAGUGACUCGUCAGUGACAUUGUGCUGGACCAACGGUUCAUGGCCCGCCUUCCACCAACUCUCUACCGUACAGCUUCACGGUGUCAAGAGAGUUCCCCUCAAAUGUCCCAGCGCCAUCAAGCCAGGCUGGAGGUCUCUGAUGGCUCAGUUGGAUAUUGACACCAUCUCUAAGAGCAGCCAGGUGAUUGGUGGAGACAGACUGGUCAAGUUGGUGCUGCUGUCGCCAGGCAUCGUCAUCGGCAUCUGGAGGGGCCAGUCGUCCAUAGCCUUUGUGAUGGCCACCUUCCACUACCACAGGCUGUUGGAAAGGAGUCUCCUGGGCUCAUCUGUUUGCCCAUACACCAUUCCAGAGAACAGGCCUCUUUUUGACGACGUGGACCCAAACUACGGUCUCCAUGGUUACACGCUACACAUUACCCUCCACAACACUGUGACGGAGAUCAUGUCUGGCCACUUCCCUCAGCUCUUCUGCCGGAAAGGUCAGAUCAAUGAAGGUUUCAUCCAGCUGAAUGCCAUCAUCAGGAGUAACCAGUCUCGGCAGACCCCUCUCUCUGCCAGGGUCAGCCUGCCCUGGAGGUCUGAUGCUCUGGAGGGGACUGUGAAGAACUGCUGCAUGAUGAGCCUGACUCUGCUGGAUGAGUCCCAGAUACCCUUCUGGUGUGUCAGCACGCCUGUCUCCAUGGUGCUGGCCAAUGAGGAGCCUUUCUCCUAUGACUAUGACUACCAGGGCCAGCACUUCCUGAUCAAGUACCAGGAUGCAGAGGGAAAGGUACAGAUGGACGUGGUGCUGCUGGAGGAACAGAGACAGUUCUUCCUUAUUAAUCUGGUUGUCUACAUCAGCACAGUCAAAGUCAACCAGCACUUUGGCAGAGCCUACUAAGGCUCCUGUUUAGGGGGUACUGUAAGUUUGUACUAUAUGAUCUCUGCCUAGUUUUUUUUAGGUACAUGUCCCUAUGCCUAGAGCUGUUGCGGUGACCAUAUUACCGCCACACCGGGGGUCACGAUUCAUGAGGGCAGUCAAAUUCCACGUGACUGUUUAGUCACGGUAAUUAGGCUUCUCCAAGCUGCUGAUGGUCAUUAGUAGCCUACCAAACUUUCUAACUGCCUGGUACUCAGCACUCUAUUGUCCCUCGAAUCACUCUGACAUCAAUGCAAAUAUAUUCGAAUAUCUAAUCAAACACUUCAUGAGAGCCCAUGAGCUCAUGUUACGCAACAUUUCUAUAGGCUAUGCAAUUGUGGGAGAAAACAGCUAUUAAAAAGAGGAGGAUCUCAUCAGCUUUCUAUAAGCUAGGCCUACUAUAUUUAUUUCUCAACUUUCUUAAUAUUAAGCACAUUGCUUAAAUUGAAUAUAAACCACAGGGGAAAGCGUCCUCCUUUCGCUAUUUAAGUGCAUAGAUGACAUGUAUUUUUUCCUGCUGCCGUUUCGAUACAGGUGCAUGAUAAUGGUCCAUUCUAAAUCAAAACAAAAGUCACACACAUAUUAUUUAGUAUAUGUAAAGACAAGAUUAAAUCAAGAAUAGUCUGAUGAGUGACAAUAUUAGCCUACCACUUGUGAAUUCUAAAUGAUCACUUGUGAAUGAUGCCCCCUAUGUUCGAAUCAUAGUCGCACACCCCAUGUAGCCUAGCCUAUAGGCCUGUAUGUUUUAAUAAGGUUUGUAUCACAACUAAAGUUGCCAAAUAACUUCAUAAAAUGAAGCACAUUAAUCCGCUUUACAAGGGGUGUAGAGCCUAACUGGCAUAUUGUUAAGACUGUCGCUCUCCUCAUCCUCGGAUGAGGUGAGGAGAGAAGGAUCUUCAGACCAAAACGCAGCUUCAGGGAAAUAAGCCAUCUUUAUUAUAAAUACGACGGCAACACGAAACAAAAACAAAACACUUUCAAAACUACAAAAACAAGAAAACGACGUAGACGACAAAACCUGAACAUGAACUUACUUAACUGAAACGUAAAACUCACGGACAGGAAACAGACUACAUCGAAACGAAACAAACAGCCAAACAGUCCCGUAUGGUAAAUCCAUGAAACGACACAGGAGACAAUCACCCACAAACAAACAGUGAGAACGCCCUACCUAAAUAUGACUCUUAAUUAGAGGAAAACGCAAACCGCCUGCCUCUAAUCAAGAGCCAUACCAGGUAACCCAAAACCAACAUAGAAACAGAUAACAUAGACUGCCCACCCAAAACACAUGCCCUGACCAUAAACACAUAAAAAACAACAUAAAACAGGUCAGGACUGUUACAGAACCCCCCCCUCAAGGUGCGAACGCCGGGCGCACCAGCACAAAGUCCAGGGGAGGGUCUGGGUGGGCAGUUGACCACGGUGGUGGCUCCGGCUCUGGACGCUGUCCCCACACCACCAUAGUCACUCCCCUCUUCUGUCUACCCCUGCCAAUGACCACCCUAAAACUACCUUCCCCUAAAUAAACGGCCAGCACCGAGACAAGGGGCAGCACCGGGACAAGGGGUAGCACCGGGACAAGAGGCAGCACCGGAACAAGGGGCAGCACCAGGAUAAGGACCAGCACCGGAAUAAGGGGCAGCACCGGGACAAGGGGCAGCACCGGGACAAGGGGCAGCACCGGGACAAGGGGCAGCACCGGGACAAGGGGCAGCACCGGGACAAGGGGCAGCACCGGGACAAGGGGCAGCACCGGGACAAGGGGCAGCACCGGGACAAGGGGCAGCACCGGGACAAGGGGCAGCACCGGAACAAGGGGCAGCACCGGGACAAGGGGCAGCACCGGGACAGAGAGAUAAAUCAAGACAGAGGGAUAGAUAAGAAUAUAGAGGUAGAUCAAGAUAGAGAGGGGGAUCAGGAUAGAGGGGCAACUCCGGACUGAAAGGCAGCUCCGGACAGAGAGACAGCUCUGGACUGAUGGGCAGUUCUGGGUAUCUAGCCGUUUCAGGCUGAAGGGCAGCUCAUGGCUGACUGACGAAUCUCGACGCUCAUGGCUGGCUGACGGCUCUCGACGCUCAUGGCAGGCUGACGGCUCUCGACGCUCAUGGCAGGCUGACGGCUCUCGACGCUCAUGGCAGGCUGACGGCUCUCGACGCUCAUGGCAGGCUGACGGCUCUCGACGCUCAUGGCGCUCUGACGGCUCUCGACGCUCAUGGCGCUCUGACGGCUCUGGCUGCUCAUGGCUCUCUGACGGCUCUGGCUGCUCAUGGCUCUCU